GUGGCCAAGCACGAACUGCGUAACGGAUUUGCCUUGGUUCGUCCCCCAGGACAUCACGCUGAACCGGGAUUGGCCAUGGGCUUCUGUUACUUCAACUCAGUGGCGGUGGCCGCUUUGCAUUUGCUGCGCAAUCGAUUGGUCUCUAGACUCCUGAUUUUGGACUGGGACAUUCAUCAUGGGAAUGGAACCAAACUGGCCACAUUGCAUCCAGGUCUCGUGUAUAUAAGUUUGCAUCGUCACGACGUCGGCACUUUUUUCCCAGGCACUGGUGCUGUGAACGAUAGUCUGACCGGGACGGCUUGUCAACAGCCCCGAUCGACCGAAGGAAGUGGCUCAUCUCACACAGCUCCAUCACAGCUGAUUAAUAUCGCCUGGGGCGUGCCUGUGUCCAAUGCAACCAGCAGGGCUGCAACCAAUCCCAGUGAAAGAGACAAUCGGGUCGGCUUCAAUCCAGAUGGCAAAUCAACCCCGUGCGCGACUUCGGAAACUACUUUCACACCGAAACAGUUCGAUAUGGCUGGAAAAGAUGCGGGUGAUCGUCGCCAAAUGUGGCGACAGCGCAAGUAUCCAGAUCAGCCGGAUUCUAGGACUGAAGACAAUCGGUCCAUCGGCUCGAUGCUGUCCGGUCCUCGGGAUGUGGAUUCGUAUCCUACAUGUUCUUGCAGGACGACCGGUGGUGGCAGCACUUGUAGCAGUCAAGCCUGUUCGAUUUGCUUGUCCCAACCAUCUCCGGCUGGUUCCUUAUCCAUUCAGUUGGGGGCAAAUGUCUUUGCCACAGCAGCCUCAGCUUUUCGUCGUGUUCCAUUGGGAGAAACCCCACCACCGGCAACAACUGAAACCACAACGCCGCAGCAACAGCACGCCGGUGAUUCACACAGCCCACUUUUAGGCCUUAGCGACGCGGAAUACUUAGCCGCAGUUCGAUGUGUUGUGAUCCCGGUUGCAAAUGAAUUCAAACCAGACAUCAUCCUCAUCUCUGCCGGGUUUGAUGCGGCUCACGGGCAUCCGGAACAGUUGGGCGGGUAUUCCGUCUCUCCGGGCACAUUUGCUUGGAUUACACGCCAGUGUAUGUCUGUCACAAACAGUCGCGUUGUCCUUGCUCUUGAAGGGGGCUAUGUACCGUCUGUGGUUAGCGACUGUGUGAUUCAGUGCUUGAACGCGUUGAUCCUUCCCGCUCCACGCACCCCGUGGGUACCGACACUACACGAACCAUGUUCACAAUCCGUGGNACAUGCCGAAUUGACUAGACGGCCACGACCGGAAGCGGUUGACAGCAUCAUGGCAACGAUAAAGCAUCAAGCUGCCAUGGGUUGGCGCUGUUUUGCACAUGUCUCGGAGGGCAAUGUUGCUAUGUCAUUUUCAGAUGCAAUAGAAAGGGAGCGUACUUUGCACGGAACACACUCGAUCAGUAAUCCGGGCUCAGUUGAACUCUCCACUCGACAUGCUGACUUGGAUUCCACGACCUGCAACUCACCUUUGACAGAUGGUUUGGCUCAACUUCAUAUGGAUCAAUGUUAA